AUGCAGCAUGAAGGACUGUUUGUCACACCAAGGCAGCAUGAGCAAACAAAUUUUCCAGCUAGACCACCUUCUGCUGCUCCUCGACUUCGGGAAGGCAAUGGGUCUAAUGUUGCUGGACUUGUUGCACCAGUAAUCCCUCCAGCACCACAAAAUGAAGCUGCAACACUCCCAGUUGUUGCACCAGCGGUUGUUCCACUGGUCGCUCAUGCUAUUCAAUCACAACUCGAUGUUUCAACUCAAACGGUUCAAGAAUUGACAGCCCUGAAACCAACUGACAUCGAUUUAGACAGAAGGAAAGGCUUUCCUUUCUCUAAAAAGAUAAAUGUCCUUACAAUUCCUUCCAAGUUCAAGAUGCCAAGCAAGCUCAAUGACCUUGUUGAUAUUAAACAAGGACCCAACAAGUCCCUCAAAGAUUAUGUGUAUCAUUUCAUGCAAGAGGCUGCUCGCUCCAAGAUAGUCAGUGAUGAUGGAAAAUUGAUGGAAAUCAUGGCUGGAAUCCAAAUCAAAGAUAUUCGGAAAUCUGAUCAAGCUAACCAAGCAAGAACCAGUACUGCACCGGCAAAAAACUCUGGUGCAACUAACCAGAACCAGACAACCAAUGGUAAUAGUAACAAGAAUAACCAGAAAAGUGGUAAACAGAAUAACAAUUCAAGCAGUGGCAAUAAUAACGAUAAUAAACGAGCAAAGACCAGUGAUAAGUUGCGAGAAUAUGUGCCACAUUUCACCACCUACUCUACGCUCUUAGGAUCACGAGCAGAGUUCUUUCAACCUACGCAAGCUGAAGUCCUUUAUAGGAAACCUAAUCCUAUAAGGAAAGAUAUAAGCAAGAGAGACACCAACAAAUUAUGUCGCUUCCAUAAUGAUUAUGGACAUGGAACUAAUGAGUGUAACAAACUCGAAGAUGAAAUUGAGUUCCUCAUUCGUCAAAAUUAUCAGGCAAUGAAAGGAUACGUUCGAUGA